AUGGCGCCGAGCGACGAACGAGCGUGCACGCGCGCGCUCGGUCUGGAGGGAUCGGCGAAUAAGAUCGGCGUCGGCGUCGUGCGCUCGGACGGGACGAUCGAAUCGAAUCCGAGGGAGACGUACGUCACGCCGCCGGGCUCGGGGUUCUUACCGAACGACACGGCGAGACAUCACCGAGCGCGGGUGGUUGACUUGGUGCGAAAGGCGCUGCGAGAGGCUGGGGUGACGAUGGGGGAGAUUGACGUGGUGGCGUACACGAGGGGACCGGGGAUGGGGGCGCCGUUGACGGCUGUCGCGGCGUGCGCGCGAACGCUGGCGGGUCUGUACGAUAAACCGAUGGUGGGGGUGAAUCACUGCGUGGCGCACAUAGAGAUGGGACGGUUGGUGACGGGGUGCGAUGAUCCGGUGAUCUUGUACGCGAGCGGAGGGAACACGCAGGUGAUCGCGUACAACGAGCGGAGGUAUCGCAUAUUCGGCGAAACCAUCGACAUCGCGGUGGGGAACAUGUUAGACAGGUUCGCCAGGGUGUGUGGGCUCAGUAACGACCCGGCGCCGGGGUAUAACAUCGAGCAGGAGGCGAAGAAGGGGAAGAAGUUCGUGGAGGGGCCGUACGGGGUGAAAGGGAUGGACGUCAAUCUGAGCGGUAUUUUAACCUUUUACAAGACGUACGCCGAGGAGAAUUUGGGUAAAGGUGAGGUCACGGUGGCGGAUUUGUGCUUCUCGAUGCAAGAAACUGUGUUUUCGAUGCUAGUUGAGAUCACUGAGCGCGCGAUGGCGCACGUGAAUGCGAAGGAUGUGAUGAUCGUCGGCGGCGUUGGAUGUAACUUGCGAUUGCAAGAGAUGAUGGCCAUCAUGGCGCGCGAACGCGGAGGCAAACUGUACGGUCUGGACGAGAACGGCAGAAUGGAUGAUCGAUUUUGUAUUGAUAACGGUGCGAUGAUCGCGCACACCGGGUUGAUUCAGUACUUGAACGGGGAGACGACGCCGAUCGAGGAGACGGAGUGCACGCAACGAUUUCGCACGGAUGAGGUCCUCGUCACGUGGCGAGACAAGGCGGGGACGAAGCGCACGGCGGAGGGUUCGCCAGCGGCUUCGUGA